AAUAGCAGCGUUUUCCCCUCUCUGGUGGGACCGGUGGGAACUGGAAGCAAGGUGUUUUUAAGGGGGUCGGGCGGAAAGGGCAAGGAGGGGGGGGGGGGGGGAUAACUCCGAUCUGGUUCGACACCCCGGCUUGUUUCGAGUGGGACCAUCACUGGAGCACAAGCUGCUGAAAAGCCCCCCAAACAGUUCGGGCCUCCUGCAGCGAUGGGCAGGCCACCUCUGCUGUGGGCUUUGGCUCUCCUGGCUCUCUGUCUCCUCUCCACGGGGGUCUCCAGCCUCACGCACCCGCUGCCAAGGGUCUUCCUCUCCUUCGAAGACCUGCAGGCCUCCCAGGCCUUUGAACACUACAGCCUAUCGGAGAAGGCCAUGGACUACAGGAUCCUGCAGAUGGACGAGGACCAGGACAGGAUGUACGUGGGCUGCAAAGACCACGUCCUCUCCAUGGACAUUAACAACAUCACCCUCGGCACACUUAAGGUGUUCUGGCCUGCGUCUACCAGCAAGGUGGAGGAAUGCCAAAUGGCGGGAAAGGAUCCAACGCACGGCUGCGGGAACUUCAUCCGGGUGGUGGAGCCGUACAACCGGACCCAUCUGUUCAUGUGCGGCAGCGGAGCGUACAGCCCCGUCUGCGUCUACGUCAACAGGGGCCGCAGACCGGAGGAACAAGUAUUUCACAUCGACUCCAAGAGCGAAUCGGGAAAAGGGAGGUGCUCCUUCAACCCUGAAGUCAACACGGCCUCCAUCAUGAUCAACCAGGAGUUGUUCUCCGGCAUGUACAUCGACUUCAUGGGGACGGAUGCCGCCAUCUUCAGGAGCCUGACCCAGAGGAACGCGGUGCGCACCGACCAGCACAACUCCAAGUGGCUCAGUGAGCCAAUCUUCAUCGACGCCCACCUGAUACCAGACGGAACGGACCCCAACGAUGCCAAAUUGUAUUUCUUCUUCCGCGAGAGGCUCACAGACAACAGUGGAAACACCAAAAAUAUCCACACCAUGGUGGCCAGAGUGUGUCCGAGUGACAUCGGAGGACAGCGGAGCCUCGUGAACAAAUGGACCACCUUCCUCAAGGCCCGGAUGGUGUGUUCCGUGCUGGAGGAGGACGGCACCGAGACUCACUUCGACGAACUGGAAAACGUCUUUCUGCUGGAAACGGAUCAGCCCAAGGGCCUGUCGCUGUUCGGAGUCUUCACGUCGACGAGCUCGGUGUUUAAAGGCUCGGCGGUGUGUGUGUACAACAUGGCCGACAUCCUCACCGUCUUCAACGGGCCCUUCGCUCACCGGGAGGGGCCCAACUUCCAGUGGGCGGCCUUCCAAGGACGCAUCCCUUACCCGAGGCCAGGGACCUGUCCCGGUGGAGCCUUCACGCCCGACAUUCACACCACAAAGGAGUUUCCGGACGACGUGGUGACCUUCGUGCGAAACCACCCGGUCAUGUUCAACCACAUCUACCCGGCGGGGAGGAGACCUCUGGUGGUGCGGACCAACGCCGACUACAGAUACACGUCGGUGGCGGUGGACCAGGUCGCGGCUGCCGACGGCAACUACCAGGUGCUCUUCUUGGGCACAGACAAAGGUACAGUCCAGAAGGUGAUUGUGCUCCCGAGCAAUCAAUCUCUGCACGAGGAUCUGAUCCUGGAGGAGCUGGAAGUGUUUAAGAAUCAAGCUCCUGUUACAAACUUGAGAAUAUCCUCGAAAAAACAACAGCUGUACGUCAGCUCCCAGUUGGGGGUCUCGCAGGUCCCCCUGCACCGCUGCCACGCCUACGGCUCGGCCUGCGCCGACUGCUGCCUCGCCAGGGACCCGUACUGCGCCUGGGACGGCCUGAGCUGCUCGCGCUUCUACCCCACCGGCAAAAGGAGAAGCAGGAGGCAGGACAUAAUGCAUGGAAAUCCGCUCACCCAAUGCAGAGGCUUCAAUCUGAAAGCAUACAGGAACGCAGUGGAGAUGACGCAGUACGGCGUGAAAAACAACACCACCUUCCUGGAGUGCCUCCCCAAGUCCCCUCGGGCGUCCAUUCGCUGGCUCAUUCACAGGGACAACGACCGGAGGAAAGAGGUGAAGCUGAGCGACCGGGUCCUCUCCACGGAGCACGGCCUCCUCGUCCGCUCCGCCCAGCCGUCCGACCAGGGCCUCUACUACUGCCUGACCUCCGAGAACGGCUUCAAGCGCACCGUGGCCAAGAUCCGCCUGCGGGUGCUGAGCGACGCCGCGGUGAGCGCGCUGACGGACAAGCCGCGGUCGCCGUGGGCCUGGGCCACCUCGCUGCACCCCAAGGCGCUGCUGGGGGCCUUCAGCCCGGCGGAGAGCCUGGCCGUGCAGCAGUACUGCAAAGAGAGGAAGCAGCUGCAGAACCUGCAGCAGAAGCAGCAGCAGCAGCAGCCCGGGCCUCUCAGGGGGGACCUGGCCAAGCUGAAGCCCCUGCUGGACCGCCGGAAGAGCCGCAACCGGCGCCAACACCUGCCGGGGGUGUGACGUCCAUGACCCUGCCCCCCCCUGCCCCCCCCCACGAAGCCAGACCUUCAUUUCCCCCACUCUCAUCUCAGGCCGCAGAGCUUGCUCUCUUUUUCUUGCAUGAGGUACUGUGACCAGAUGGCUGUGACAUCCACCAGCAACCCCCCACCCACCCCCCCCCCCCCCCCCCCCCCCCACCGCUGUGGCGCCAGUAGACGGUGCCACAAGCGGAGAAGCACCUUGAGACGCAGCUGUGGUCAUUGAUCCUUAUCUUAUUUUGGGAUAUUUGAGGGGAAAAGGAGCUCACGGUGAAUUCGCUCUUUGUUCACCAGAUUUAAAGUGAACAAGAGUAAACAGAGGAGAUCAAUAAAAGGGACAAAAGUGAGGCAGAUGCACAAUUUAGAGUGGGCGCCUUCUGAAAUUAUAACAUUAGUAUUCUGUUAGAUUCUACUCACAUUUCUGUAUUUACUUACAAAUGCGUCUGUGUUCAGUGAAGUGACUGAAAUGGCUUUAGGGGCCAACGUGGGGUAAUAAGAAAGUCAAUUUGUGAGGAAAAGAGACUAAACAAUUCUCACCGGUUGUCUCUCUCUCUCUCUCUCUCCUGAGAGUGGUUCCGUUAAAAGUGUUACAUUAAAGCGCUGUCUAGGUUAAAAAAAGAAUCAGAUCAGAGGCCCAACUCGACAUCCUGACGUUACCCAAACAGACAUGGAGCCAGAAUACCGAGUAGCGUAUCAACCGCCUGAUCUGCAGCAAACAUUUUACUCUCCCCUGUAUUUAUUCCUAUUACGAGUCCGCCUCACUGUGAUUCAGCUGCAUUUUGUGUUUUGGGGCACAGAAGCAUGGUUAUUGUAAUGCAUCAGUUAUGUAGAGGUAUCUUAAUUCUUUCCUGGAUUACAUUUGGGUAGUUUUUUUCAGCAUAGUUUACACCCAAGGUGCAGAAACGUGACGCUACUCUUUUGUCUACAGCAUAGAGGACGUAUUUAAUUCAGAAAUAGUCAUUUAUUUACUUUUUCAGAGACGUGGUUAAUGUAGAUGGAGAUUAAUCAUCGCUUGUGUACAUAGUAUAUUUUAUUUGUGUCGUCCUUUUAAUUUAAUGUGCUGAUGUUUUGGGAAAAACGUUGACAUCAUUUCAACAUAAUUCACCAUCCAUGACGGUAUCUGUAAAUUGCAGAGACAUACGGUAUUAUUUUCAUUUUUCAGAAAAAGACUUUGUGGUCUGCGUUUAAAUAAAGCUGAGCGACCGGCAACGUGUCAACUUCAACUUCAA